AUGGCAGUCACUAAAUGCUUAGCUCUUGGUUUGAUUGUCGUGUUUGGCAUUGGGUUAGCCAAUGCUGCGAGGGUAGCUAAAUACUCUAGUUCCGAAGGAACCGGCACGGGAGGAGGAGAGGGUGGUGGUUCCGUCAAUGGUGCUGGAUCAGGGUCUGGGGUUGCUGUUGGGUCUGCAGGAAAUGGUGAAAAUGGGGGGUUCGUCCAUGGAAGUGGUGGUGGUGGAGGAGGAGGUGGCGGUGGUGGACAAAAUGGUGGGUCUGGACGUGGAUCUGGAUCUGCCUUGGGCUCAGGCUCGACCCAGAUUGGUCCAGACCCUUUUGGUGGAUCUUCUAGUGCUAGUGGUCAUGGUGGCGGUCGAGGCGGAGGACAAGUUAGAGGCUACGAUGGAUCUAGUGGUUCUGGGAAUGGUGGCGGCACUGGCUCUGGCGCUAGUGAGUCAAACAAUGGGUACUGGUCCGGUGGUGCUUAUGCCAAUGCUAAUGCUUCUGGCAACGGUGGAGGGAGAGGUUGUUGGGGAUCGUAG